AUAUUAUUGUAGACUUAAAGCGUAGAAAUAGUUAGGUUUGUGUCAACACAUAUACUGAGCCACGCAUUGAUUGGUUCAUUGUUUGGCGCAAUUGAUUGCAAGGCAUUCAACAUUUGAGCGAAGAGUGAAUUGAAUGGUAUUGUGUUCGCGAUUGUCACCAAUGGAUCAGCUCUUCGACCCGAUGGACCACAAGAGCGACGGCCGACGUAUGGCUGCGAUGGCGACGAAGACAACGAUCGAAGCGGUGCUCAACUUAUCGCCCAUUCCUAAGACCAGCUCUAAAGACAUGUCAUCCGAAGACAUGUCUCAAGACAUGAGUUGCGAAAGUGUUUUCGAUUGGGAUUCGGAUCUGAGUUUUGACAAAAGCAAAAGCAGUCGGAAGUACUGCUCGAUCGACAAAUGGGUGCACUUCUCGCCCACAAUGAGAUCCACUCCUAAGGCCUCGAAGACUAGACGCUCCCGAAGGACACGACUGACCAACAAAUGCAAUAAACAUGACGUCAGUCUCUGGGAUAAAGCCAUCCAUAAGAAUCCUGAACUCAAGCAAUGGAUCCACAGUUUUAACGAAGACAUGGAAAAAAUCGAGUCAUCGGAACUGUCUGUCAUUCAAAGCCCUAAUUCUGCCAAACAUUAGUCAUUAUAUCAAACAUUUGUUGCAUUCAUUUGAUUUGAUUUCCCAUUUGAUGGCAUUUUAUAAAUAUAUUUGAUUUGAUUGUAAUUUAUUCCAACACUACUUAACUUCAAGAUAUGAUUAUCGGUAUUAAUACCAACUUUUGUAUUUCUAU